GUGAGUCUGACGCCACCAAUGGUGCGUUUAUCCUGUGUGAAACAUCAUCAAUUUGAAAAAUCUAGAAUUUUCAUCUAUUAGCAUUGAACAUUAAGAUGAGAAGCUUGUUGGUGAUCUUGCCAGCGAGUCUGGCGUUCUUGUGCUUGGUCUCGGCGCAAGAUGCCGUUGGAGGUUUUCAACAGCCUAUGCCAAUGAUGUCUGCUGUAGGUGCACCUCUAGCGCAGCCCAUCGCUGCAGAUGCAGAUUUCGCGCCUUUGGGAGCGCGCCUUGAUGUCAUCGCACCCCUCGGUGCACGCGUCGAUGGCAUUGCGCCCUUUGGCGCGGUGGCUGGCGACGCACCACAAACUUCAACUACAUCGGAGACGCAAACAAUGUUCUUCACAAUAAAAAAGUCGAGGCGCAGGAAGAAGAAAAUGCUGAAAAGAAGAAAGUUGGGCUCGACACCUUCGCUCCAAAUAAAUCAGAAGAAUGAUCAAAGUCGCUCUGUCGACGCUCUGAGGGUGCUCAACCCCGAAGAAAGGGAAGACGUGGAUUCCGGUGCCUCCCAGAAAUUCGAUAAUCCCAAAGACCGCUUGAUUUUUGAUAAAAAGGAGGUCGCCAAAACUAACACGGACAAAAUCAAAAUUUAAUUUCAUGGCAAGCUUUCCUGUCUAUGAGAGAGCUGAAAAAUAUUAAAAAAGUAAGAGUACCUUCAAAUAAUAUAAUCUAACAAAUUUUCAUAAUUAUCAUUUUUAAGAGUUUAUUUAUUUUUUUUGUCAUUCUUGUAAUCUUUUGAAUUUAUAAAAAAUAAAAUAUUUAUUAAAAAGAAUAAAACUGCAGCA